AUGGCAGUGGCCUGGGAGGAGUAUUUCCGGCUGGCCUUCAAAGAGAAACUGCAUCCGAAGCCACUGGCGGAUGACAGUUCGGCCUUGCAGCUUUUAUUGGAGAAGAAGCAAGAGGUAGCAGUCACAGACCAGGGUCUGCAGGUCCAGAGGAAGGAAUUCCGCAGCACGAUGGAGUCCGUGAACCAGCGCUGGAUAGAGCUGGCGCAGAAAGGGCAGGCGCUAAAGGGGUCCGCCAUCUACUUUGACAAACUCCGUAAGGAAGCUGAGGCCCGGAGUGAGGUGUGGAAAGCCAUACAGGAGCGGCACAGAAUGCACAACCUGGAGGCAGAUGUGCUGCGGCUGCGUGCACAGUUGAAGGAGCUACAGCUGCAACGUGAGCGGCUGCAGCGGAGAGUGCAGCGCCUGGAGCCCUGCGCGCAGAUACUGGAGGGCGUGCGGAAGCAACUGCCCCAGUUUCAGGAAGUUUUGGACAUGGUGGCGCGCUUCCAGGGCCUGGUAGACACAAAGGCGGUCCUGAAGUUGGCAGAGAUUGAUCGACAUGUAGAGGUGGAGGCGACCCGUGCGCGGCUGCGCAGUCUGAGGGAAGCGAAGAAGGCUGAACUGCUGCAUCUGAACCAGGAACGCAUACGACUGUGCGAGCAGUUGGAGGCGGCACGCGAGCUCACACAGCAGAGGGAAUCCAAGUGGACUGAAAUUCAGAACAAGGCAUCAGAAAAGUCGAUCCUCCUAGGACGCACCAAGAUGGCUGUGCUCAACAUGUACCAGCUUGUUUGCAUGAAACAGGGGCGGAAGCAAAUCCUGGACAUGGAGGACAUAGAGGGGCAGCUGGAGGAGGUGAAGCAGUUUAUCCUGAGUGUCUCAGCCCUACUGGCCAGCUAUGACCAACCUAAGGCUAAACCCACAGACUGCCUCCUAAACGAACCAGACGAACAGUGA